AAAAUUACGACAGUCUUCCUCUUCUUCUCCAUAAAUACCGAACGAAUCCCACCACUUCUGCAUCGUGAAAAUUUCCAGCUCUCUUUCGCUCAUAGUUACCAGCUAGCAAGCGUUUCGAUCUCUCUGUGACUGAUUAUUUUCUCCAUUUUCAAUAGAAACCCAAAAGUAAAGAUGUCGAUCAUCCCAAGCAUCUUUGGUGGCCGACGAAGCAACAUCUUCGAUCCCUUCUCUAUGGAUUUCUGGGAUCCAUUCCAAGACUUCACCUUCGGCAGUGCUCUCACCAGCCCUCAAUUCACAACUGAGACAGCAGCAUUCGCCAAUGCCCGCAUCGAUUGGAAGGAGACUCCAAAAGCCCAUGUCUUCAAAGCUGACCUUCCUGGGCUCAAGAAGGAAGAAGUGAAAGUCGAACUGGAAGAAGGUAGAAUCUUACAAAUCAGUGGGGAGCGCAGUAGAGAACACGAAGAAAAGAACGAUAAGUGGCACCGCGUCGAACGCAGCAGCGGCAAGUUCCUUCGCCGGUUCCGGUUGCCGGAGAAUGCCAAGGUGGACCAGGUGAAAGCGGCGAUGGAGAAUGGAGUUCUUACUAUAACUGUUCCAAAGGAAGAGACAAAAAAGCCCGAAAUGAAGGCUAUAAAAAUCUCUUGUUAGGAUAAACGGUGUAAUACUUCCAUUUAGCGUGAUGAAUGCAUUGUAGCAUUUACCAAUGGUGUGAGAUGAUGUUUUAUGUGCAGGACUCAGCAUGAAUAGAAAAACGUAUAAAUUGUAUAGAACUUGUUUGAUCUAA